AUGCCGCAGAACGAGCACAUCGAGCUGUUCCAGAAGCGCUAUGGCCGCCGUCUGGAUUACUACGAGAAGAAGCGUAAGAAGGAGGCGAGAGAGCCGCACAAGAGGAGCGCGGUCGCGAAGAAGCUCAUCGGCCUCAAGGCGAAGCUCUACGCCAAGAAACGACACGCGGAGAAGGUGACGAUGAAGAAGACGAUCCAGCAGCACAGCGAGCGGACGAACAAGCACAAGGUGGAGGAAGAGGCCGCGCCGGGCGCGAUCCCCGCGUACCUCAUGGACCGCGAGCAGACGAGCCGCGCCAAGGUGCUGAGCAACACGAUCAAGCAGAAGCGGAAGGAGAAGGCGGGGAAGUGGGAGGUGCCGCUGCCCAAGGUGAGGCCGGUGGCGGAGGAUGAGAUGUUUCGCGUCAUGCGCUCGGGGAAACGGCAGAAGAAGUCGUGGAAGCGGAUGAUCACGAAGGCGACGUUCGUGGGGCCGGGGUUCACGCGGAAACCGCCAAAAUACGAGCGUUUCAUCCGCCCCAGCGGUCUGCGGUUCACGAAAGCGCACAUCACGCACCCGGAGCUGAAGUGCACGUUCCAGCUGGACAUCCUCGGCGUGAAGAAGAACCCGAACGGACCGAUGUACUCGUCUCUGGGCGUCUUGACGAAAGGGACCGUGAUCGAGGUGAACGUAUCGGAGCUCGGUCUAGUGACGCCGGGGGGGAAGGUGGUGUGGGGGAAGUACGCGCAGGUGACGAACAACCCGGAGAACGACGGAUGCGUCAACGGCGUGCUGCUCGUGUGA